AUGGGUGACCAGGCGAUGUCUUUCCUCAAGGACUUCAUGGCUGGUGGCAUUGCGGCUGCCAUCUCAAAAACAGCUGUAGCACCAAUCGAGAGAGUGAAGCUGCUCCUCCAGGUGCAACAUGCCAGCAAGCAGAUAGCAGUUGAUCAGCAGUACAAAGGUAUCAUAGACUGUGUGGUCCGCAUCCCCAAAGAACAAGGCUUCAUCUCGUUUUGGAGGGGUAACCUGGCCAAUGUCAUCAGAUACUUCCCUACUCAGGCCCUUAACUUUGCUUUCAAGGACAAAUACAAGAAGGUUUUCCUUGAUGGUGUUGACAAGCACAAGCAGUUCUGGAGAUACUUUGCAGGAAAUCUGGCCUCUGGUGGAGCGGCCGGAGCCACCUCUCUGUGUUUUGUUUACCCCCUGGACUUUGCCAGAACACGUCUUGCCGCUGAUGUUGGUAAAGCAGGAGCUACGCGUGAGUUCAAAGGUUUAGGGGAUUGCUUGGUGAAGAUCUCCAAGUCUGAUGGCAUCAAAGGCCUGUACCAGGGAUUCGGCGUCUCUGUGCAGGGCAUUAUCAUCUACAGAGCUGCUUACUUUGGAAUCUAUGAUACAGCAAAGGGGAUGCUUCCUGAUCCAAAGAAUACACACAUAUUUGUCAGCUGGAUGAUUGCACAAAGUGUGACUGCUGUUUCUGGUGUCGCGUCCUAUCCCUUUGACACCGUUCGUCGUCGUAUGAUGAUGCAGUCUGGUCGCAAAGGAGCUGAUAUCAUGUACUCCGGAACUAUGGACUGCUGGAGGAAGAUUGCCCGCGAUGAAGGGCGAGAGAGCAGCACUCAGACGGACGAGGAGAGCCAAGAGAAAAGUAUCCUGGAAACUAUUGGGCAGCAGCUCUUUGGUGACUUUAAAGAUGGAGCAAGUGGUAGUAAAGCAGAGCCACUGGAGUCUCACUAUCCACAAGUUAAAAGCUCUUUGCAGCAAGUGUUUGAAUGUGCCUACGCUCAGCUUGUUCUGCCCUGGUACAUCGUCCCAGAGCUGUGUGAAGACCAACCUCUGCACCAGGUGCUCAGCAGAGAGUUUGACUUUGUAAUUGAUCGUAUCAUUGAAAAAGCCAAAGACUUUGAUAUGUGCCAGGCCGUUGUUGGCUCCAUUCGCAUUUUGACCCAGCACUUGCACAACGCCAAGCAGAGUGACAGGGAAGUCUUGUUCAGCUCCAGAGCGGAGGAGGUUGCAGUCCUACGAGAGUUUUCUGAUGCACUCGUUCGUAACCUUUUUCCCAAGACCCUCUGGGGCCAAGAAGUCAACCAUUGUGCCCUAAAUGAGAUUCUUGCUUUAAAGGGACUGGGUUUGCUGGUCACAUGGCUGUCAGACCCUGAUAACCUCAACCAUCUGGUGGUUAGCCAGUUGGACAGUGCCACCCCCAAAGGCUCCAUGAACGAGCCGAGUGGAUCCGACCCUGAGCAAACCUCUCUGACGUCUCAGGACUAUGAGGGAGAGGGCAGUGAAGUAAGUCUGGAAGGAGCAGAGUCGAGCAACGGAAUCAAAGGCAAAAAGAGAGACAAGUUGAGAAAAGGGUGGAGCAGAUUUGUGGACAAGAUGAAGUCCAAAAAGGCCAAAAAGAAAAAGAUGAAGCAGAUGGAGCAGGUGCUGGUGAGGAGGAUGCUGCUGGACGUUCAGGGAGACGUGUCCAACGAGGAGGACACAAGCAGCCGCGAAGGCUCCGAGCAAAGCCAGCAGGACUCGGACAGGGAGGAUAGUGAUCUGGAAAACUACUUGGCAACUGUCCAAGAAGAUAUGAUGGAGUUCAAGCUGUCCUAUGAGAUGUGGCGAGUCGGCCAGUGGGCUGUCACCAUUCCUCAGGCCGACGUCGAGAAUGAGGCGCUGCUAUUCACAGUUCAUUUGGAGGAAAAAGGCAGCCCCGAAAACCUGCAGUGGGACAUUCGCAAGUCGUACCAAGAUAUCGUAUAUUUCUACAACAGAUGGCAGGACUCUAGCAGCUUGGCUACCAUAUUAAUUCUAGAGGAAAACCAAGAUAUGGAUGAAGUGAAGGAAGAAACUCGACUAUCAGUGGAGCACUUUCUGCAGGAAGUGGUUUCUGAUGAAAUAAUCGGCCGCUCUCAACCAGUGUUCCAGUUUCUGUGUCCACUUGAUAAGUUGCUUAAUGAGGAAGAUCAUUAUGGCGGAGUGUGGGGUCUGCUCAGUGGCUUGGCGUACUUCCUCACACCUGGGCAAGAAGAGGAAGAGGAGGAGAUGAGUAGCUCUCAAAAUGAAUCUCCCGAAGUUGGCACAGUGACACAUUCCAAAGCAAAUUCUCGUCCAGACAGUCCAAGCAUCACACCUGAAAGUGAUAUUUCUGGCCCUAACGUACCAACUAUUAUUAUCUCCUCUUGUGACACCGCUGAAGAUCCGCAAAAAGAGACUGAAGCAGAAAAUGAGCCACCGUCUGCCUCCACCUGUGGCCCAGACAGAACGGAAGACUCGGAUAAUCCUAUUAGCGCUCACUUUAAAAUGCUGUUCAAAGGACUGAGCCGCUCCAGGUCACAGGAGUCUCUAUCUCAAACCAAACUUACAGACGAUGAGGAACAGGAGAAGGCAAACGGAGAGAUGGACAAUGCAGACGUUUCAACACAGAAUUCGAUCUUUGCCUGGCCAAAAACAAAGGAGAAAAGUUUCAAAGUGCCUCAUGGGCUAAGCAGGGUGUUGGGAAAGGAGCAGGAGACUUUACCCAAAGGAGAGGAUUCUUCUUGCCAAAAAAGUCAGGUCAAUUGGGAACAACAGGAGACCACCAAAGUCAUAUUUGAUCUACUCAAAGAGAUCUCUGGAAACUCCAUCUUAAUGAAUAUUUUUGACGCUAUCCUCAAACCUGUGAUGCCCAUUCUGAAAAAAAAAAUCAACUCGUUCUUGAGCAAAAUGAACCCAACUGAAGCCCAGAUGGCAGCAUACAUUGAUACACUCCGUGCCAAACUGUGGCCGCCCAAUCCUGUGGCUCCGGGAGCUCCUCGCACAGACGAAGAGAAGAACGAGACCCGAGAGCGCGCGCACAGCCUCAUCAAUGCCAAAUAUUCUAAUGUUCUGGUACUCAAGAAGACUGAUAUGGAGACCGUUUUUAAUAUUUUUCAAGACUGUGAAGCCAAUAAAACAUUGGUGUAUAUGCUCCUGUCGUUCCUAUUGAGGGAGUUUUUACCUAAUGAACACUGCCUUAAUUCAGAGGAUUCGAUGAAGGUCAAUCCCAGGGCAACUAGCUACAGAAGGACCUUUCUCCUAGGAAUGAUUAAGUUUAAGAAGACGAAACAGUUGAUGGAUUCACAACUGGUUUGA